UAUUUGAUUGGUCGGUUGGGGAAAUGCGGUAGAUUGAAAUUUCGCUUACCGCUCGUUCAAGUUGAAGUCUGUUUUGAAAGCGUUUCGUUUCAUUUUACGAAAUGGCAGAAACGGAAUUAGGUCCUAUGGACGUAGAAUGGGAUUACAACUGCCCACAAUACGUCGAUUUCAGCGAGCCUUUACCUCUGGAUGAUAACGCAGACAAAUGGUUUGAUGCAGACCAUGAAGAUUUUGAAGAUAGCUCCAUUCGUAUCAGUUCAGAGUACAAAACCGAAAAUAAGAAACCCACAGAAGAAAAUGCGAAAACUCCGAAAGUACAAACACCUACGCCGCAAGCUCAGGUGGCACCAAUGAAAUCAGAGGGAAGCACAGGACCAGUUACUCGUCUGCAAGCAAAGAUGACCCCACCAUCAUCAAAUAUCAUUACAUCUCUCGAUGAAUGGAGGGCCAAGAAGCCACAGGUUCAGACACAGUCGAAGCCUACUAGCAAGAAAGUUGGAAUAGUGGCACCUUUGAGACCCGGGAAACGAGCAAACAGCAGUUCUGGUACUGACGUUUCCCCAGUUACAUCAACCAGUGACAGCCAAAGGCCUGCAUUAAAACGACAGCGGAUUUCAGGAAGCAACAUUCGAAGGAGUGGGUCCCAAAGUAAAUUGGAAGUUUCGAGUAACAUUCGAAGGAGUGGGUCUCAAGACAAAUUGGAAGUGUCAAGCAAGAGAUCUUUAAAGAGAAGCAACUCCUCAGCCAGUUCUUCCAAACCUGAGAGAAUAGCGCGAUCCCAUACCCGAGGAUAUUCAGCUGGUCGCCCUGUUGUCCAGAAUAAAGACGACACAGAGGGUCCAGGUGCUAAGUUACCCAAAAUGCCAACCCUGCCCUGCACACCAACCUUUAUGAGGAGAAAGCAACUGGCUGCCGGGUCUCCACGAGUUAAAAGUACUGAGGAGCAGGAGUUGGAACAGAUAGCACAGAUGAGGAAGGAGUUGGCCAAGAAGAGGAAGAUGGCCAUGGAUUCCCUGCAGAAAAGUAAGACUGCUCCUGGGUAUGUCGCGGUACAUAACUCACGAGAACCCACUAUAAUACAGGACUUCAAGUUCAGCACAGACAGUAGAAUAAAGUCACAGCACCAGGACAUCCAAGAUGAGAGUACCAUUGAUUUUGCCAAGUGUCUGCGGUCUAAUACUGCCUCCGCAACACAGGGUCCAAGAAGUUUAACCAGGCCACAACCCUUCAAGCUGACAACCAGCCACAAACCAGCACCACAGUCGGAAAAGUUCCUGUCCAUGGCACAGUCUGUUGCAGCCUUCCAUAGAUCGACACCUGACAGAUUCAGAAGAAAACCCCGAGCCUCCAGCUCUGACAAGAAGUUACUCAAGGCACGGUCACCUCACGCCCUUCGCCUCACCCAGCCAGAGACGCCGAAACUAGAGACCCGUCAUCGCUACCGGCCGCCGACUGCACCCAGUCAGAGAGACCUUGAAGACCAGGAGUAUCAGGAGAUUAUGAAAUAUCAGUUUAAGGCCAACCCUGUGAACACGAGGAUCAUGAGUCAGGCUACAGGACUCUACAAACCAGAGCCAAAACCAACAACCAAGCCAGAGGAGUUCAACCUUCACUUAGACAAGCGUUUUCAGGAACGGCCAAAUAAAGCUUCAGAUGAAGAGGAAUUUGUUUUCCAUGCUCAGCCAGUGCCGAGGAAGAUUCUGGAGGGAACAGUGGGUGUAAAGCCAGCAAGGGAGAUACCUUCCACUGUGCCUCAGUCACCAGCCUUUGCUCUCAAGCAUCGGGUACGGCUCCCUGUUGAAGUACCACAAGAAAAGGAAACAGAGAAGCCUUUGCCCAAGGCUCACGCUGUGCCUCACCCAGGCAUCCCAUUCCAGCCCAAGCUGUCCCACAGGACAACUACCCCAGAGCCAUUCAGCUUCGAGAGUCGCUACCCUGAUCCAAACGCUGUGAAGGAGGCCAAACUGCGACAGAAACUUGAGGAGGAACAACGGGCACGCGAGUUCCGGGCCAACCCACUACCACGCUUAGAGCCUGUUCUACCCGAGAGGCACACCAAGAUCUGUACAAAGCUGGAACCCUUCAACCUCCAGAGUGACAUCCGCGGUGCCAAGAAGUCAGAAGAGUGGAAUCACAAGGUUCUGGAAGAGGAGCAGGUGAAGCUGAAACAGGCAGCAAUAUUCAAGGCCAGACCUGCCGAUGUUGUCCACCAGGAACCCUUCAUGCCCCAGAGAUCAACUCGGCCACUGACAGAUGUGAGUGACAUGACGCUGAACACCGAGCGGCGGGCUGUGGACCGGGAUGAGUAUGAAAUCAGGAAGAAGGCACGAGAGGCUCAGUUGGCUGAGUUGAGCCAUGAACGGGAAUCACAGAAGAUAGAGGAAGAGAGAGCUGCUAUUGCUAAACUGAGGGCAGAGAUGGUUCACAAGUCCAACCCAAUCAGAAAAUUCAAACAGGUCGUUCUCCAAGGUAGCGAAAAACCACCAACAUGUCCAGAGUCCCCAAGAUUCUCAGACAGACUACGAAGCAAAGUCCGAGUAUAAGCUUCGAUCAGCAUUGACAUCUCUUUAUCCAUUUAUUCAUACACACGUGUGAAUACAGCUGAUACAGUUGACGGUGAUGGUUGUAGACAGCUGAUUAUGGCUCCAUCUCAUCAACGGUCAUCCAGGAAUCUCGGAUAGUAAGAUACUGUAUAUUUCUGUCAUCAAUGUUGUACAGUUUCAACUACAGUUUAAUCAAUAUCAUUUAGACCAUGCCCUAAUUGUCACUACAGGUGCAUAUUGUUAGAUUUUAUUUUUGCAUUUUUUGUAAGCCAUAGCUAUUUUCCUUAAAGUUGCAAUCAAAGAAUGUAAAAGGUCUCAUUUCAACUGCUUUACAGGAUCAUGAUGAUCCAAUGUUGGAUAUUGUCCUUUCAUGAUCUACUGUGGAACAAACCUAUGCUCAUUUUAUGUAAAACAUGCUUAUGUAUAAGCAAAUUUUAUUUAUGUUUAUAUUAGAUUUUAUUUAUCUUGAAAACAGCAUUCAUUAUGUAACUACUGUUUGUCCAUAGUAAUAGGCUAACUAGUGGAUGGGGGUUUCCAUAGUAAGGAAUAUCCAGAUUAUUAUAAGACAAUAUUAUUUCCUGGUUUACAGACAAUCCAAUAUUGCACAAAUGUGGAACUUAAUGAGACUGAACCUCGUGUGAUUGCUAUCUAAUGUGCAAGGAUUAGGGAGUACUUCUGCUCCUUGGCAGUGGUGUAUCACAGGAUGAUACAAGUCGAAGUAUUUAAGCCCAAGGAAACAUUGUGUGAAUAACCUUUUUUUGAGACACUGGAAUGAGAUUUUACAAUGUUUAUAUGGUAAGAUUAAGCCAAUAAUCAUUGUAAUUGUGGGUGAUCUGCUAUGUACUUUGUUAGUGUAUUUGAGACACUUGUAGCCCUGAUGCUGCAUAUAGUUGUACAUACAAGUGGAGAGGUGGCUAAAUGUGCUCAGACGUCUUCUCUUUCUCUGCCUACUGUGUUUUCUGUGAAGUCCUUUCUACCUUCUGUAUCUUUCAAUGCUCCUCGGUCAUUUCCUCUCUGUAAUUAUGUAAUCUAAUGCUAUGUGAAUAAAUUAAUAAACCAACAAA